UUACGACCUUCACCCUGGUCUUGCCUCGUCCCCUCCCACCUGGGGCUUGGUGGCUCUGCUCAGUCUGCACCCCAGACAGCCACAGCUCACUAGCUCAACCUUCACCCUGACUCCACCCCACCACUUGGAGGUGUUUCUCUCUCCACCCACCCCUGGCUGUGCCCCGGAAACCUACACUUUGGAAGGAUAAUGGCUCCCAAAUGCCGUUUUUGUCUCUGCUAAGCCUCCGGGCAGGUGAGUGUUAGUGGAGCUCCUCAAGCCGCUCAUUAGGAUAAUAAGCUCCCUGCACCGUUAAUUGUCAGGUGGCACGCCUCCCUCCACCCGCCUGGCCCCCAGCUUGGUGGCUCAGACGCAGGGUCAACUCUAGAAGUCAUCUCCCCACCCUGGGCGCGUGAGGGACGGGUGGACUUCAGUUUCCAAAGGAAUGCUGGGAAGGAGGCUCAGAUCCUGGUUCCAUGGCCAAGCAUUCCUGUUGGCAACCCAACGUGCAUCCUGCCUCCUCCUGGAAGGUGGGCAGCGAGCCAGGCCCUCCUUGCAGCGCACCCUGUGGGAGUUGCUUGAUCCCUAGGGAGCCGUCUUACCCACUUUAAGAGGGUAUGUGGACACUUGGUGGGGCGGGGGGCGGGAAGCAGAAAUGGAUUCCCGAAAACACGCAGCCACUGAAGAUGAGAAGCCAGGCAGCCUGGGACAGGACCCCACCCCCCGCCCCCGCCGCCCCCAAAUGAGAGCCCCCUACCAAGGGUUUGGGGACUUCAUUCCCUAUCCCCUUAGAGAAAUCUGGCCCCUGACCCUGGGAGGCCCCCAACCGGCUUCAGUUCAGUGACAACAGCACCAGUGUUUACUUGGAACAAAGCACCAUGGGGAAAUGAAAGAUGAAUCAGAACUGGGCCAGCCCCCACAGCCUGGUGGGAACAUUAGAACAUGUAUACACAUCUUCUAGGGAGAAUGGCCAGGGGCCAGCAGAGAGGCCCAGAGAAAAGGCCUGGCUGGUAAGAUCCAAGUCCUGGGAGACUUACAGGAGGAGGUCGUAUUUGAGCUGAGCCUUGAAAAAUGGGUGAGAAUCUGUCAGGUUUCAGGGAGGGGGUCUGGGAGCAGGUGUUUCUAGGUGGAGAGAACUGGCCGCAACCAGUCCCCUGUGAGUCUCCAGGAGACUCUCUAGGUCUCUCUCUGAGGUAGGUCACGGGCCCCGCGCUCUCUUCCUUGGCCCAGACUCACUUGACCAGCAGCAGAGGGGGCUAGGAGCCGGGUGUUCUGGGGGGGACCGUAGCUGGACUUUGGUGGCCCAUCCAGAGGGGACCGAGAGAGGUUCUCAGAGAGGAGCAAGACCAUUCGUUCCUUGGUACCUCACUCUGCCUCCAGGGGAAAUGGAGAGAAGGAGUUUGGGGCCCCUUUGCUCUGCCGGGAGUUAAACAUUUAUUGCUCGUUAUGAUUAAGCUAACAUUUAUUUACCAUCACGGUAUGCUGACAGCGAGCGGUUUACAUCAUCCUCACUGUGACCCCAUGUGACGAAGGAGGCCCUCUCUGCCACCCCCACGCCCCUCCACAGGGUUCACAGAGGCAAAGAGAAGGUUAGAAGCUUUUUGACGAGGAUCACACGGCACACGGCAGUGGCAGACUUACGGACGCAGCAUAAUACUGUCUGUCCCUGCCGGCAGAGCUGGGCUAGAACAGAAUGUUCUGCAGGCUUUGAAAAGAAGGAUCCCAGCCCAAUGCCAUAAGCCAUUAUGGGUGUCCGUGGCCAUCACAGGACAGGGGAGGGGCUGAGACGAUCAGAACUCAGCCAGGCUCUUCCCUCUCACCCGGGGCUGGGCAAGCCUUCCCACCCCAACCACCCCCCCUGUCAGGAGUUCAUCCUGAGAAGCGGGCCCCGGGCAGCUUCUUGCUCGGGGGCUGCCUCUGGGUGUGGGGUCUCGAGACCUGCCUGGUUCUGGUCCUGACUCAGCCCCAACAUCCCGUGUGGCUUGGCCUUCCCGGCCCUCGGGGCUCCAGUUGGCUUCCCCGAGAAGGGAGCCGGUGGACCAGCUGACCUCCAAGACCCUUGCAGCUGGGCGUUUGUAGGAUGUAGACAAUCAGCUCGUUCUUUGGUGAAUGGGCCGGGGAGGCAGCUAGCGAGUAUGAAGACAUUUCGACUCGGCCGCUCUUGGGAAACCCCAGAUGGAAUUUGGCCUGGAAUCUAGAGGGACCCACAGACUGCCUGAGGUCUCCGGCCUCCCUGCCCUCCUGGCCCUGCGUGCCUGAGCAUACACGUGCACGCAUGUACACGCUCCCCACCCCCCACCCCCCCCAUUGCCAGAUUAAGUGUUGAACAGAUGUUGUCCUUGCGCCGGACGGUCCUGCCUCUAGACAAGAAAGCCCCCUGUCUGCUCAGGCUGGGGCCCCAUCGCGCCCCCACCACCACCCGACCUCACCCACCAAGAAUGCUGGGGCCCUUGGGAGCCAUGAUGGAUGUUGACAUCAGGGCUUGGUGUUCUUGGCCUGACUGAGCUGGGACCACCCGCCUCCAGGUCCCUUGCCCUGUCCCCAACCGCAGGAAGGCACGCAGAAAGGCAGUUUGGUGUCAUGAAAAAAAAAAUGCGUACCCAAGAGGCAGGUGCCAGAUGCCCUCGGGACCCCACCCCAUGAACCUCACUUUCCCACUGGGGAGAUGUGGGGCAGGGGGUGGUGGGUGGAGUAGCCAUUCUCAGAUGUCUGUCCCUAUGACAUUUUAGCAAGAUGGGUAGGGUUGCCAGGUUUGGCAAAUAAAAAUGCAGGACAUCUAGUUACAUUUGAAUUUCAGAGAAGCGACAAACAGAUUUUGGCAUAAGUAUGUUCCAGAUAUUGCAUAGGAAUAUUUAGUAUAUUCGUACUAAAGAAAUUAUUCAGUUUGUCCGAAACUCAAAUUUCACUGGGCAUCCUGUAUUUUGUCUGGCAACCCUAGAUCUGUGUCAGGUGGAUGCCAGAGAGCCAGAGGGGAGCCACGCCAGCCUCCUGCCCUCCUCCUGCCCCUCCUCAGGGCACUGGUGCCUGCCUGGCCCCUUCACCUAGUCAGUCCUCACAGCCUCUCAUGUCUACCCCUCCAAGUCUUCUGUCCCCUUCUCAGCCCUGCCAUUCUCCGCGCCCCCCCCCCAACCCCACCAGGAUGCCCUCCUCCCUUAAGCUCACCCAUCUUUCUCUCCCCUAAAGGCCACGACUCUGUAGGUCUCCAAGCCUGGGAAGAGUGGCAGGGGACCCAGCGAGACACCCUAGGCCAGGUGUGUUGGUGCGACAGGGCAAGGGCAGGGGCAGGAGGGAAGCCCAAGUGAGCAACAACCCCACUAAGGAGGCAGCAGUAGGGGUGCUGCUGGGAGAAGGUUCUAGCACUCCCUGGACUUGUUAGAUGGGCUAGCUGGGGCCAGAGCCAACUGCAUGCGUAGGAGAGAAGAGGUGCCCCUGCCCAGGACCUUCUCCAAGUUCAGAAUCACCAGGAACUGGAAAUAGAGGGCAUUUUCUGGGGCCAGACCCUAAUUCCACCAGGAUCAGGAGACUGGAAGGUUCUGUCCUUAGAGGCAAAAAAGGGCCAAGAGAUAAUGAGAAACAGAGACAGGGAAGGAGGGACAGAGAGAGUCCAAGAGAGUGAGUGAGAAACACAGUCAGGGAGACACAGGACCAAAUCAGAGACAAAAGAAACAGAAACACACACACACACACAGAGAAACAGACUCCAAAAGAGACAAGCGGUGAUUAACAAACAGAGGAGCACAGAGAUGGAAAAACAAGCGGAAAUGUAGACAAACCGCGUGGAGACAGUGAUGGGCAGAAACAAACAGGAGGACAGAGAGAGAGAGAGAGAGAGAGAGAGAGAGAUGGGGAGCCACAAGGAGAGGUUAAAGACAGAGAUGGGAGCCAGAGAUAAAGAGAAAGCGGUGAGAGAAAAAGAAAGGACAGCCCGAGGAGGAAGUCUGUCCGUCCCUACUAAGUUGGGGAUAGUUUGCAGUGGCAAAGUCCCACUUGAGACCCAGCAGGAGACGCCUAAGCACCCGGGAACCGAGCUUCUCCGGGAGCCCUCCGCGUCUCCCCAGGCCGGGAGCAGCACCCACCCAUCAUCUCCCCUUCGCCCUCUCCCCAGGGGGCGGGCUCCAUCUCUCCAACUCCUGCACGGUGUCCCCAAGUCUCAUCCGCCUUUGGGUGUCUGGCUCUCACCCUGCGCCCAACGCCCACCGAGGCGUCCCCGCAUCCCGCCGGCUAGCCUGCUCUCUCCCUCGGGGAGACCCGGCCCCAGGUCCCCGCCGCGCGCUGUGGGGCUCCGUGGGAAUCCCGCGUUGGGCGAUGCUGCCACCUGCCGGCCGGAGCCGGGAAGCACAGGGCGCCUGGAGGGCUGGGGCGCGGCAGCCGAGGGUCGGAAUCCGGCGCUCUCAGCCGGGACAGCCUCCGCGGGGUCUUUCCAAGGAAUCCGGAUGGGCCUGCUUCGCCGCGCCCCUGCUCGCCUGGCUUCCGCUUGGCCCCAGCGGCCGCGGCUCUUAACCCUGGGCCUUAAUUUCCCCCAAGUCAAAUGGAGGAGGUGUGUCCCCACAUCCUCCCAGGAUUGCAGGGGACGCCGGGGGACGCGAGUGUACUAGCGCUGUGCCCCUGAAAUCAACCAGGCCGCCUCUCCCUCCUUUUUGGCCAAAAAUGAAGUUAACCUCUUCUACCUCCUAAAACCCAACCCAGAUUUCUUCCCCUCCCCCGCCCUGUCCCACGACCGGCCCUUCGCGGGUGCCUAAGCUCCGCCCCUGCCCGAGGCGGGGCCCCAUAGGUGGAGAGACGUGGGAGAGGUCGUGGCCCCGCCUCUCCCCUCCUCCCCUUACACACACGGAAGCUCUGUGGCCCCCACGCCAGGAUGUCCGACACCUGGGUCCCAGGCCUCGUACCCACAUUGCUGCUCAGCCUGCUGGCUGGCCCCCAACAGGUGAGCGCUUGGGAGGCUGCAGCCAAAUGUGGUCUCUUCUUCACCUGCCCCAGAGGAUUCAAAUGCUGUGGGGACAGCUGCUGCCAGGAGUAUGAGCUCUUCUCCAGUCCCCUGAGGAUCUUCGUCAUCACCUUCCUCAUCAUCCUCCCCCUCCUGUGCAUCUGCUGUCUUGCUAAGCGGUUCUGUCGCAGCUGCAGAGAACAGGAGCAGGACCCCCCAGCGGAUCACCAGGGGCCCCCGGAGCCGCCCUCCAUCGCCCCCACAGAGAGGGUCAGGACGUCCACCUCUGAGCCCCCACCCCCCUACAGCGAGAUUAUUCUGAAGCCCGUCCUGCCCCCCAUGGAGCCGCCCCCUCCCUACAGCGUCAGGCCUGAAGAAUAUUCGGGGAUGCCCAGGGGCAUCGACAACCCAGCCUUCUGAGCCACCUCCUGCCUGGAGCUACGACAUCAUCGGCCACCUCCUCCCCAGUGCUUCCUGGAUCAAGCCAGAGACUCUUGGGACCCCCGUGAUGCCCCCAUCCGUCCUGCCAUGUCUCUUGCUGUUCUUGGUUUUAACUUAUUGCUUUUCCCGCUCCACCUCCAGCCGCCUCUGUUGUCCUGAGUGCCGGUCAGAAGUGUCAGCAGCCAUCCCCCCACCCCCAUCCCAAGUGAGAGGCUGCCAGGAGGAACAUGUUAACGCUUGGAGGUGCCUGACAAUAGAAUGGGCCACUCUGAGGAGCAGAGAGAACCCCAAUUUCUGGGGGGUAUACAAAUCCUGGCUGGGCAGCCAGCUCCGAGAUAUUAUAGAGGGCACUCCUGUUUCGUGUGCGAUUGGACUGCGUGGGCUCUGAGCCACCCCCGGGUCUACCUGAAUAGGGAAGACCCCAUUGCCCCCUACCCCCAAACGUGUACUCACUAAAUCUGAGCUGAUCGUCA